AUGGAUUCGUUGGAUCACAACAUCCUCGUAGACAUCCUCACUCGCGCGCGCCUCGAGCCGUUGGAUCUUUGCCGUUUAUCCACGCUCGGCCGCAAAUGGCGCGCCGCGUGUCGCGCGCCGUCGCUCUGGCGCCGCGUGCGCGCGGACGGCGAGGCCGGGGGGAAUCUGUACGGCGCGGGACUGGAGCAGAUCGCGUCGCGGUGCGGAGAAACCGAGGAGAUUAACAUCACUCAUCUGCACAUUCUGGAGCGACCCAACCCCUGGCUGCACCACGGGCUGGAGCUGCUGCUGGAGGGCACCAAGGGCGGGCUCAAGCGCCUCAGCCUCCAGUUCGAGUGGCAGGUGCCGUUCACGGACCGGCUGCUGGGGGCGGUGGGGCGGCUGUGCCCCGCUCUGGAGGAGUUCACGUUGGUUGCUGCUGACUACCUCGUCACUGAGACUGCUGUGGCCGCCUUCUUGCGAGCCUGCACCCACGUGCACACCUUCCAUUGCUACGUGCGCUCCGCCAUUCCCAUCCACAGCCUGGGAGACAAUUUGCUGUGGCAGGUGAACCGCAAGUGGCCGCACCUGCAGUCCCUGGCCAUCAACGGCAACCACAUCACGGAGAACGGCGUCUUUGCCCUCGCCUCCUGCGCCCACCUGCAAUCUCUGUCCCUGCAUGGCUACCACAGAGGCAUUUUCGAGCGAGCCAAAACAACAGCAGACGGCGAUGCGGUCCUAUUCCCAGCCCUCUCCUCCUUUUCCUUUUCCUACAACCUCCCCUCACCUGCUGAGCUCCGACGAAUCCUCCGCAUGUGUCCCUUGCUCUCCUCGCUUGUACUGCACCCCUCCCCUCCUCCCCCUGAGGCCACACCUGGCAGCCCCAGCAGUGGGCUUGUGAGCGGUAGUAGAGGCAUGCAUGAAGCUGUGACUUUAAAGGGGGUGGUUGAGCAGGAGUGUAAGGGGGCUGUGAGUGUGUUUAUAGAGGAAGCGCCUGCGAAGAAGACUAGUUAUGACUUGACUGCCGUCGCGCAUGGCUUGGGGAUCAAGGAUUUGACCAAGUAUUAA